CGCCCUUUGCUCGCUGCUCGUCGCGCGCCCGUCAAGAGACCCAAGGGCCGCCCCUUUCCCGUCAUCCUCCUUUUCCCGCCCCUGUCGCGUAAUCCUCGCGACCAAAGGCCGCUUUAAACACCGCUUCGCCGACGUUUGACUUCAGCUGGUCAACCAACCAACCGCAAUCAUGCCUGGUGUCCCGCUUGAUGCCUUCAGUACCAUGAAGAAGUCCCUCAAGGGCCUCUUCAGAAACAAAAAAGCGAAGAAAUCCAAGGACAAGAACAAGGCCGAGGCCGACGCGCAGCCCGCCACGGCGCCUGCAUCUGCGACAGAGGCCACCAAGCCUACCGAGCCCACUCCGGCUGCUCCGGCUGCUGCCCCGGCCGCCGGCGCGGCCCCCGCUGCUGAUACCACCGAUGUGAAGAAGGCGGACGAGCAGAAGCCCGCUGACCCCGCACCUGCGGCUGCGGCUGCUCCUGCUGCUGAAGGCGAGGCAGCCAAAGCACCGGCUGCCGAGCAAGCUGCUGCACCUCCUGCGACCGAGCCAGCCCAGGCUUCUGAUGCGCCUGAUGAUACCACCGCUACUUCUGGCGCGCCUGCUGCGGCCGACCCCACCGCCGCCGAGACUAAGCCCCCUGUGGUCAAUGCCGAAACGAUACCUGCCGUCCCCACGACACAGCCCGCGGCGGGCAUGUCUGCGACCAGCGGCCCCCUCGAGGACCAGCCCAACUUCUCCGCCGACCUUUCCGAGGAGAAGGUGGAGGAGAAGGUUGAGGCGGUCAAGCCGGCUGCUACGGCGUAGGCUGCGACCGGAUCGCCGGCUUAUCGGGAUACUGUUUUUGUGAGGUCUGGAGUCAAUUGGGCGGUAUUGGACGGUUUUUGGCUGCGGGGUCAUGGGGAGUGCUUUUUUUGUUUUGUUUUGUUUUAUUUUGAGAUUUUGAGACUUGGUAGAGCAGCACGCUGCGAGUGUCUUGCUCGUCUGCGCCAGGUGAUUGUUAUACCCACACCCGCUACAUGCGAUUGCUUUCUUUCGAGUACGGAGUAAGAAUGGAGAAGAAGAUUGUCCCGGAAGCAUAGAGGGAUGACGCAGCCAGGGGCCGGUGUCAGUCAGCAGAGUGCCACGGUGGCAUGCGUUUGAAUCGGUCGCCACCCUAUUGCGCCUUGCAUGGCAGAUGUCCAAAUUUGUCGGAGCUCAUGAGGGUGGUAGGUAGUAAGCAUGGCGGAUCGGCAGGCGAGGGCCGCAAAGGGCAAU